AUGACCGUCUCUGUCGCCCAGGCGGCCCCCCAGGCCAAAGAUACCACAGCGGCUCGCAAGCGCAGAAGACGUGCUCCCGCUGGUGGCGCUGCUGAUGACUGCUUCACCUGCCUCAAGCGUGGCGUCAAAUGUGACCGUCGCCGGCCAUACUGCUCGCAGUGCCUCGAAGUCAGCAACGAGUGCUCCGGUUAUAAGACACAGCUCACUUGGGGUGUUGGGGUUGCGAGUCGGGGAAAGCUUCGCGGCCUUUCGUUACCCGUUGCCAAAGCACCACCCGUCACUCGGGAGCCCAGGAGAUCACCAGGCGGUGCUCGUGCUAGGGCCAACAGCGCCGCCAUGGCCACAGCAAACAUGGAAGCUGGCUCCAAUGCCAACGCCCAUCCCCGCGUCAACCACAAUGGCCAUCGUCUCAGCACGAGCUCGGCGGGCUCCGUGCAGUGGCCUGAAUGCGAAGACCCCAGGCUACACGCGGCUCCAAUGCCUUCUCGAGGGCCCAUGGACAUUCCAUCGGUUUCACACGCCGCCGCCUCGGCACCGACGACCCCAUAUGGCAUGGCUGGGUAUGAUUACCUCUCACUGUCACAUUCGGACAAUGCACCACCAAUGGGACACGGCAACUGGGGCAGUGUGGCCUAUUCUCCGAGCAUGGUGCACUCGCCUGAUGCGCAUACUCGCUUCAAUAAGUUCCACCUUGGGCUCGCUACGGACGGGCUAUCUUCCUCAGUCAGCUCGGUGAACAGCGAUGUCGACUACAUGUCCCCCCUGAGCCGGUCAUAUCCUCGUGAGGAGCUACCCUUCGUCAAUAGCCCUGCUCUGAUGUACGACAACUACAGCACACACCAGAGCUCUCCUGCACCACAAAGCCCGCCUUCCAGCAUCAACAUCGACCACUCGCGUGCGCCUACAUCAUGCCCAGGAAUCGUCUACACACCGUCCGAGCACGGCUCCAGCCUCGGCUCCCAUCACCUCGACGUCUUCGAGUCUCAAUUCAGCCAGAAAAUGAUGAGAGAGUGUGAUGGUUUCAGUGUUCCUGGUGCCAGUUCCCAAGGACCAAAUUCUGCCUUGCCGCCUUGCAACGAAUCGCCUCAACCACAGCAGCAGCAGCGAUUGCGCGCACCCCAAGAGACGUCGCCAUCCCCUCGAAGCGAGCCAUCGUCGAAGUGGGCCAACGAGCCGACGGCCAUCCCUCAGGAGCUUGCCACACGGAUGCCCUUUUUCGUGGACUACUAUCACAGCACUCUUUGUCCAAACAUGGUCUUCAUCGAUGGACCAUCAAACCCCUUCAGAGAGAAUGUGCUGGAAUUGGCUGAGACGAGUCCUAGUCUUCAGCAUGCAAUCUGUGCUCUUUCUGCCUGCAAUUUGAGGAUGAAGCGGAAGCUGAGUCUGGGUCAGGAUACCCAGACCUUGAUGGCUAAGCUUUUUGUCGAGAAGCAAACUGCCGAGGCAGUAGCUGACACACAGAUCGACGACCCUGCAUUGUCCGAGGAGUAUCAGCAUCGCAACCUCGCCGUACACUUGCUUAACCAGCAGCUCAAUGAUCCUAUCACAUCGAGCCAUGAUUCAGUUUUAGCGACGAUCCUGCUGCUUUGUCACUAUCGCAUGGUUGAGUCUGGUGUUGCCAAAUUCCAGACACAGUUCGCUGGCAUAGGAAAGAUUUUGUCCAUGAGGAAGGCUCAACAGCUAGAGGCGACUAGCAUCAACGAUCGAGAGCCGCAACUGUCAGGGUCUACUGGUUUGUCUGGCGACAAUGACAACGUCGAUGCACUUCCGUUCGGCAUUGAAAACCUGGUCGGCUGUGACCGGGAGCUAUUCAAGACCAUCAGCAGGCUUGGACGCCUCAACCUCGUGUCACAGCACCGGCCCGUGCAAAACCUGGCGACGACCCCUGACGAGACUCACCGCCCACACUCACCUUUUGGUGUGCCCAUGAGCCGCGGCCACCGCGGCAGUAUUAGCCACGGCGUCAGCCAGCCGAUCAGUGAGCUGCGCGGUUUGCCACUUGGGGCUCGGUUUGAUGGCAACGGCUUUGACGCCUUGCUGGGCGAGGAGGAUGCUGUCACAUCAACUGCUCGGUCAACUGGGGCCUAUGAUGUUCAUCGAGCCAUCUUCUGGAAGGAAUGGAAGGAGGUCCGUCUGGCACUCCAAAGCUGGCAGUUUGAUUCGUGCACAGUGGGAGCGAGCCUACCAGGACCGCCAACCCAGCUGCAGGUCCGAGAUCUUGGCUCACUUUCCGAGGCCUUUCGUUACGCAGGUCUUCUCUACACUGAGCGACUCGCAAGUCCUACGCUCCCCUCGAGUCACACCAACUUUCAGAACCUGGUCAGCCAGGUUGUCUACUAUGCCACCAGCCUCGAGCCUGAGAGCGGGGCUGAGAAGUUCCUGCUGUGGCCGCUCUUUGUAGCAGGUUCUGAAUGCGUGAACGAACUACAACAGAACAUCAUCCGGAACAAAUGCCGCGACAUGAUGAGUCGCUCCGGCUAUAUGAACAACCUAUCGUCCCUCGAUGUCCUCGAAAAAUUAUGGGCCACCGAACUCAAGGAAUCGGAAGGCAGGAGCCCAGGCACCAGGUUGCACAUUGUGGGACGCCGAAGCCCCUUUAACUGGGCAAAGUGCAUUGGAGGCACUGGCGACAUGGAAUGGAUUAUGUUUUGA